AUGGUGGCGACCGCAUUGGAAGGAGGAGCCGGUGGCGGUGGCGGUGGCGGAGGCGGUGGCGGAGGCGGUGGCGGAGGUGGAGGUGGAGGAGGCGGUGGAGGAGGCGGUGGAGGAGGCGGCGGCGGUGGCGGUUGGGCGGGAAAAGUUGGAUCCGGUUGAUUCGAGUUUUCGCUAGUAGAGAGUGCGGUAGAUGCUUGGAUCUCACAAAGAUUUAUGUAGUUGUCUCCCACUGAAAAGAAGGGAUUCACAGAAUCCACACAUAAAACUCACUCUUAAUCCUUCUAACUUGAUUAUAAAUCGCCGAUCAACAACUUCACGAGGAAUGAGACGAAGGAACGAUGAACUGGGGCCAUAACCAGUUACAAAAAUUCGUGAACUUGAUAUAUUAUUUGUAUAUUUUCACGCUGCUCAUCCUCGAAUUUAUUUCACUUUUUCGUAGCGUUCUCGCUAUCCCUAUCGAUCGUGCGAGUUCUCGAAAAGUGAGCUGAUCUUGAGGCUAAAAAACAUUUUGAAUGGCUUUCAGUGGGCGAUCAAUAUUUGUGUCUGGAUCAGGUCAAAGAUGAGAAGGUCCCUCCGCCAGCUGGAGUCGUCGCUGUUCCGGCUCCACCGCCUCCGCCACCGCCUCCUGCAGCUGGACCGAUCGUCAAAGUUCCCGCUCCACCGCCGGGCAUUCAAAAGGACAGAAGCAAUUCGAAAAUGUACGUAGUUUAUUUUUAAUGCAAGAGAAUCACAGUAUUCUUCCCCUUCAGAGCAUCGGUCGACAAGAAUGCGUCGGUCAGCAAAGUGGAGGCGGCUGAAUCCGGUACUAACGUCAGCGCUCCUCCUGCAAAGAGCAACGCUACUCUGGUUAGCUCUUUUUCAGAAGCUAGAUGAAUUGAUCCGUCCGUUACAGGUUCGCAUCCUCAUCGGCGUCACCAACGUCCUCCUCACCCUCACGUUCAUCUUCUGGUUCCUAACUCUUCUCAGCGGACUGCACUUUGUGGAUGUGUCGUUCAUAAAUAAUAUGUUUACCGGAUGA